ACCAGGCGUACCAUCGCCUGCGCCACACCUCCAUGCCACUGAGUCUUGCGAGUCCUCGUACAGCAGAGAGUUCCCUCAUACGUUCGACAGAUCUCGCGUCAGCGCGCACCGGUCCUCGCCUCUCCUCCCACCCUCCGCUGUCCGUCUCACAGGUACAACUCGGUCUCGAUAAGACUCAGGGGCGAGAGCCCAGGCUGCGGAUCAAGAUGGACGAAUACGAGAGAUGAACACAACAGCAGCAGGAGUUGAGAGACUGUUUAGCUCAACCUGUCCCUCGAUGAGGAUUCUAGAAUUUCGAUAGGUCGAGAGAAUCUGGAAUACAUUCAACCUCGGGCCAUAGACCGGAAGAGAUUGUCGAAGAAACCAAGUACUCAAGAACUGGGCAAGCACUUUGCCUUUCCUAUGGUCCCUUGAAGGUCGGACAACUUAUAAGGGAUCCGGAUACCAAGGCUGCGAGUCCUUGACCUUUACAAGUAGCAGCCCAGCCUGGCCUCAGUACUCUGGGUGCUUCGAGUUUGAUAUCGUGAAGGCGGAAGAGAAGCGAAUCCGGAGAACGAAUGCUCGACCCCUGCACGGAAUGCGCGGAACACGUGAUAGCAUCCGAAAUAUAUCCUGACGCCAAUCCUGAUUUCGUCCAAAUUUCUUCAUGCACAUCUGUCCUUGGUCUGUUGCAAAGGCCAUAUCCCUUUUGAGCAGCGCUGUCUAUCCAAGAUGGGCGCAAAUUAGCCGUUCCCCACCGGGCGCUAUGCCAUGUGGGUGAAGCUGUCCGAUUUCUAUGUGUUUUGAUGAAGUUCCAAUAUGCCAUUGACAAAGCAUCGUCCUGGGGAGACGGGGGCAGAGAGCAGCAAUAGGCCUCCGCUUCGAGGAGUCCAGACGGAUGACCUCGGCCAUUUCACAGGCGCUCACAGAGGCGAGGAUCUGAGCCUGGAGGAGCAGACUGCCAUCCUCCAGGCAAUGACCCUCGAGUCCCCUCCCGGGAUCCAGUCGCCUCAUCCUCUCCCGCUCCAUCCUUCUCCUGGCAUUGUUCAGUCGCCUACCAGUCUUUCGACCGAAUUCAGCUUUCAAAGCCAAGGUUCAACAUCUACUCCCACAACCCCCCUCACACCUCUUUCCCCGCCAGCCACGAACUCCCCAUCUCAGUCGAAAUUCGUAUCAGCUUUGCAGGAUGUCCGACACUUUGCAGGGGGGUUGAUCAGCCAUCCCUACGAGUCCACCAAGCACUACACGAUCCUGCGGCAUUCGUUUGGCGUAGUCUACUACAGCGGUUCGUCGACAAAUCUAGCCAUCACCGUCUUCUCCGACCGAGAGCUACCUCCCGAUCGGACUUUGUGGCUACAGCGAAGAGGCUUCUCCGGCAAGACCGGUUUGAAGAUCGGGGGGUUACUGGGAGCCAGGAGUACCUGGAUUGAUGUGACCCCAUCCACAAGGGCCACGCCGGAGCAAGUCAACUCCACCGACGAACGCGCUUGGCAGAGAGACAUCAAGAAGUUUUUGAAGAAAGCUCCGAAAGAACUUCGCGCUCAUCGGCCACGGGAAACCGACAUCCUCCGCAUUCCUUGCGAUGCCGACGAUGGCUAUCUGAGGGUGGUUCUCUGCUCUGCCGACGGAAAAAAGACGCUUUGCGGUAGCCCAGUGUUCCGACUAGCGUCCUCGUCAACAGACUCUAGUGUCAUCAGAGGCUCGUCUCUCAAGACCAUGCCACUCGAGGCGGGCAUCAAGCUAGCGGCAGUUGUCGGAAGACAAUUCGUCACGGCCACUGCUGGCCCUUAUGUCGACACUGCAAGGCAGACGGUCACGAAUCAGCUGACUUCGGUUUAUCAACCAAGUGCGUUAGCUCAGCAGGCUGUUACUACCGCUUAUGACGAGAGUGGGAUUCAGGAUCGCUUUGACAAUAUGAAUGAGCAGUAUGACACUGCCCGAGAUGAGUCUUACACUCGAACCGACCUGGAUGGCUACGAUGCCUUGGCUCGUCCAGAUGUCAUCGGGCCACCGUCCGGCCCAGUGCCGCCAUUUCCCGUUCGGUUUCAUGGAAAGGUGGUCGCCGGCACUGGCAGAAGUAGAGCAGCAUUGAACAUGCCGACGGCCAACCUGACGGGCAUUCCUGCAGACAUUCUUUUGCGGUACAAAGGGGUAUUCUUCGGGUGGGCUGCGGUGAACCUGCCCAGCAAGCUCGCUGCAGAGAAAAACAUCUCGGAUGAAUGGCAUCAGGCAAUUAUCUUCAUUUCGCCGGACCCAUAUGGAAGGAGAACUGUGGUGGAAAAGAACACUGCCCGAGUGUACCUGAUCCAUGAUUUCCAGUCAGUCGAUUUCAUCGACGCCAAAGUGUCUGUGCUGAUGAUGGGUUAUUUGCGAGCUCUAGAGCUCGAACCGAACCAAGAGCCGGAUGUCGAAGCACAACUGUUUGACUUCUACAAAGAUGUCGCCGUUACGAACGCAAGUUUGGCUCGACCCGCCUGGGCAGCAGACGCCACAUUAGAGCACGUCAAGUCGGCUUCGUCCAACCGAUCUUUGACUGAGCGAUAUGUUGAUUUCAGGCAGAGCACACAGAAACAGAUUGACAGAGUCCCUGUCCAUCGUCUGGGAGUGCGGACAGAGGGAGCGACCAUGAAGGACAAAUUGAUUGGAAAUGGCGGAGUGUGGAUUCCAAGGUCACCUUUGACGCAUAAUGCUACAGCUUGACCACGUCUGUUUCAGCCCUUUGCCUAAUCACAUUGAGAAGAGAAAAGCGCCUCUCUGAAUCUCAUUGCCAACCGUCUGCUGCAAUUCACCGAGAGGCGUGUCCAGAAAGAUCCAACCCCUGGAAGUCGUCAAUCACGACUUCGGGCGAUCCCGGUCAGGAAUCCUAACACACGAAGAACCACCUUGUAAAGGAGCAAUUUAAUUCCUGUGGCAUGCAAAGCGUCAAUCGCCCAAUGUGACGACUUCAGAACCCUGCUGGCUCGAGGAAUGGCCACCUUGUCAUACACCGUGAUGGCUUCGUCAACGGUUGAAGCUUUCUUGAAUGCAUUAGCAAGAUCCCAGGCAUCCAUUAUUGCCAUGUUGGCACCGUUGCCUGCGAAGGGGCUAACUGCAUGGUUUGCAUCUCCGAUCCAUAUUAUGGGGCCGUGCUCCAGUGACUGAUGUGGGAAAGGGGGCCGAUCCAUUGCAUUGAACUGCAUGAUCGUGGUUGGAUCCGUCGCGGAGACCAGAUUCUUCACCAGAGGAGCAAAGUUUGCCGCCACUUUUAUUGAUUCUUCCAACAACUCGUCGAGGCGCUUUUGAGGAACAGGGUAUCGUAAUGCCUCCUUCAUAACGGGACUGGGACGACUCAUGGCCCAAAGCGCGGAUUUGUCGUCCACAGGAGAGACAAAAAGCCCGACUCCGUUUCCACCCAGCACACCACCCCAGUCACGAUCCAGGGGCUUGGGAAUGUCGUCGUGUCUCGCAAACUUGGCGAUGCCUGACCAGAGAUACACGCCAGCAUAAUUGAGGCCGUGGUCUGGCCUCAACAGCGAGCGCAACUUGCUUCGGGAUCCAUCGGCAGCUAGGAGAAUGUCACCCACCGCCGUUGCGCCGGUGCUGAGGGUAACUCGCACUUUGCCGUCCUCGAUUGGCUCUGCUCCUAUUACAGCCGUUUCCCAGUGGAUUUGAGCUUUCGAUGCCACAGCGGCCUCGGCGAGAACCUUCUGCAGGGCAUUGCGGCGGAUUCUCAUGCCGAGCAGCUUUUUGGGUCCGACUGGGUGUGCCGCGAAGCGCAAGAAGGGACGAAACUGAGGAUCCCAGAGGUUGAAAGAGCCUCUCUCUUCUGGAAGUCCUCCAGAGUUGACACUGACGCUCCUGACAAGCUCGUACAGCCCUAGGAGAUCCAAGACCUGAACGGCGCCGGGAUCGUUGUCUGUUCUCAGGGAUAGAGUAUACCCUUCACGUCCGAUGCGGUCCUCAUAGCUAUCCCGCUCGUAUAUGAUGACUUGAGGCCUCGCCGCCACCGAAGAUUCUUCUGAAAACAAUUGGGCGAUCGCAACGGCGAAUGUCAGUCCAGCGAUGCCACCACCAGACACGAGAAUGGUUUUGCCGGCGAGGAAAUUCGACAACAGUUCCGGGGAUGAUGGAGACAUUGUGUCAUUGUCCACAGGGGACAUACAAGAAUGAGGAGAUGCUUACUGCUACUGUUUCUCACGCUGUGUGCACAACCUCGAGCGUGCUUUGUUCCUUGCGCGUCAGUUAAUGCCUUGAUCCUUAUAUAAUAUAUCUGCAAUACCCCAGGACAACAGCUGUCUUCAGGAUUGGGACUAGGCUCAGGCAGACAGAUUCCUGGGAUAGACACAGGGAUUGCUUUGCACACAGCCAAUCAAGGACCUGGACUUCUUGCAAUCCCUACGCCAUUUUGCCAGUCCUCCAAUCCUGCUAGCAAACACUUAUACCCUUGUCGAUUUGACGAACCAGAGGACAGGUCCGCCACUUGCAACGCGAAUACGACAUUGACAUCACGUCCUCCUCGGUCAACCUGCCCUUGCGAGCCGCCCUGAGAGUUGUAGCUUUCCCCAGACUCGACGAUCCCGAACUCCUGCUCGAACACCUCCAUCUUUUG